AUGCCCACCACUCUCAAGCAAUUCGAGUCCGUCUUCCCCCAGCUCAUCCGGGACCUGAGCGACCACUGCAAGCAAUACAAGCUCCCCACCCAGGCCCUCACAUGGUUCGAGGAGUCCCUCCAGCACAACACCGUCGGCGGCAAGUGCAACCGCGGCAUGUCGGUCGUCGACACAUCGGCCCUGCUGCUCAAGCGUGACCUGACCGACGACGAGUACUUCCGCUCUGCUACCCUUGGCUGGAUGAUUGAGCUGCUCCAGGCCUUCUUCCUCGUCUCCGACGACAUCAUGGACUCGUCCAAGACACGCCGUGGUUCUCCCUGUUGGUACCUGAUGCCCAACGUCGGCAUGAUCGCCAUCAACGACGCCUUCAUGCUCGAGAGCGCCAUCUACAUUCUGCUCAAGAAGUACUUCCGUCAAGACAAGAACUACGUCGACUUGAUGGAGCUGUUCCACGAGGUCACCUUCCAGACCGAGCUGGGCCAGGCCUGCGACUUGUUGACUGCCCCUGAGGACCACGUUGACCUUGACAACUUCUCUCUGGAAAAGUACACCUUCAUCGUCAUCUACAAGACCGCAUACUAUUCAUUCUACCUCCCCGUCGCUUUGGCCCUCCACUUUUGCGGCAUGGCCACCGAGAAGAACCUCAAGCAGGCACACGACAUUCUCAUCCCAAUGGGCGAAUACUUCCAGGUCCAGGACGACUACCUUGACAAUUACGCCGACCCCGAGACUCUUGGCAAGAUCGGCACCGACAUUCAGGACAACAAGUGCAGUUGGUUGGUGAACCAGGCCUUGAAGCGUGCCACCAAGGAGCAGCGUGCCGUUCUCGAGCAACACUAUGGCAGAAAGAACAAGGACGACGAGGCCAAGGUCAAGGCUCUCUUCAACGAGCUGCAGCUCGACCAGGUCUACCAUGCAUACGAAGAAGAGAAGGUCGGCGACAUUAGAAAACACAUUGCCGACGUGGACGAGAGCGAAGGCCUCAAGAAGGAGGUGUUUGAAGAGUUCCUCCGCAAGAUUUACAAGAGAAGCAAGUAA